AGCCUCAACGAUUCCCACAAUCAGAUGGUCGUUCACUGGGCUGGAGAGAAGAGCAACGUGAUCGUGGCCUUGGCCAGGGACAGCCUGUCUUUGCUGGGUCCUAAAAACAGUGAUGUGUACGUGUCUUACGACUAUGGGAAGAGCUUCAAGAAGAUUUCGGAGAGGUUCAGCUUCAGCACAGGCAACAGCAGCGAGGUGGCCAUAGCUCAGUUCUACCACAGCCCAGCUGACAACAAGAGGUAUAUCUUCGUGGAUGCCUUUGUCCCAUACCUCUGGAUCACCACUGACUUCUGCAGCACUAUCCAGGGGUUCUCGAUUCCCUUCAGAGCUGCAGACCUCCUCCUGCACAGCAGGAACCCCAACCUCCUCUUGGGCUUCGACAGGUCUCAUCCUAAGAAACAGCUCUGGAAAUCAGAUGAUUUUGGACAGACCUGGAUAAUGAUUCAGGAACAUGUAAAGUCUUUCUCUUGGGGGGUUGAGCCCUAUGACAAGCCAAAUACAGUGUACAUCGAGCGGCACGAGCCUUCUGGGGCAUCCACUGUCAUUCGCAGCACUGAUUUCUUUCAAAGCCGAGAAAAUAAAGAGAUAAUCCUGGAGGACGUUGAAGACUUCCAGCUCAGGGACAAAUACAUGUUUGCAACCAAGUCUGUGCGUUUGCCAGGCAGCUCGCAGCCGCCUUCGGUCCAGCUCUGGGUUUCCUUCAACCGCAAGCCAAUGCGUGUGGCACAGUUCGUAACCAAGCAUCCAAUUAAGGAAUAUUACAUUGCUGAUGCCUCGGAGGACCAGGUGUUUGUGUGUGUCAGCCACGAUAACAACCGUACCAACCUCUACAUCUCAGAGGCAGAAGGCCUGAAGUUCUCCUUGUCUUUAGAAAACGUGCUCUACUACAGCCCGGGAGGAGCUGGAAGUGACACCUUAGUCAGGUACUUUGCCAACGAGCCCUUUGCAGACUUCCAUCGUGUGGAAGGCGUGCGGGGUGUCUACAUCGCCACCCUGAUCAACGGCUCCUUCAGCGAGGAGAACAUGCGCUCCGUCAUCACCUUUGACAAAGGGGGGACCUGGGAGCUGCUGCAGCCCCCAGCGCAGACACGCUAUGGGGAGCAGAUAGACUGUGAGUUCUCCCAGGGCUGCUCUCUGCACCUAGCCCAGCGCCUGAGCCAGCUGCUGAAUUUCCAGCUGCGCAGGAUGCCCAUUCUGUCCAAGGAGUCAGCACCAGGACUGAUCAUCGCCACCGGUUCCAUUGGCAAGAGCAUGGCAAAGAAAACCAACGUCUAUGUCUCAAGCAGUGCUGGAGCAAGGUGGAGAGAGGCACUGUCUGGACCCCACUAUUACACCUGGGGUGACCAUGGUGGCAUUCUUGUGGCCAUUGCUCAAGGCACCGAGACCAACCAGCUCAAGUACAGCACAAACGAAGGGGAAACCUGGAAAGUGUUCACUUUCUCAGAGAAGCCAGUGUUUGUGUAUGGACUGCUCACUGAGCCUGGGGAGAAAAGCACCAUAUUCACCAUCUUUGGCUCAUACAAAGAGAAUGGCCACAGCUGGUUGAUACUGCAGAUCAACACCACUGAUGUGCUGGGGGUCCCUUGCACAGAGAAUGACUACAAACUGUGGUCACCCUCCGACGAGCGAGGCAAUGAAUGCUUACUGGGGCAUAAGACUGUCUUCAAAAGGAGGACUCCUCAUGCGACCUGUUUCAAUGGGGAAGAUUUUGACAGGCCUGUCAUGGUCUCCAACUGCUCUUGUACAAGGGAAGACUUUGAAUGUGAUUUUGGCUUUAAACUGAGUGAUGACUUAUCAUUAGAAGUCUGUGUCCCUGACCCUGAAUUUGCUGGUAAACCAUAUGAUCCACCAGUCCCUUGCCCUGUUGGCUCAACUUACAAGAGGACUCGAGGCUAUCGAAAGAUCUCUGGGGACACUUGUACAGGUGGAGACAUUGAGUCACGGCUCGAAGGGGAGCUGGUACCAUGCCCCUUAGCUGAGGAGAACGAGUUCAUUCUCUACGCCACCCGCUACUCCAUCCAUCGCUAUGACCUUGCCUCUGGUGUGAGCGAGGAGCUGCCCCUGGCUGGGCUACGAGGGGCGGUCGCCCUGGACUUUGACUACGACCACAACUGCUUGUACUGGGCUGAUGUCACUCUUGACAUUAUACAGCGUCUUUGUCUCAACGGCAGCUCCGGACAAGAAAUAAUCAUAAGCACUGGGCUGGAAACAGUGGAAGCGUUGGCCUUUGAACCUCUCAGUCAAUUGCUGUACUGGGUCAAUGCUGGGAUUCCCAAAAUUGAGGUUGCCAAUCCAGACGGAGACCUGCGACUCACUGUCCUCAAUUCCUCGAUCCUUGAACGACCCAGAGCCCUCACUCUAGUUCCUCAAGAUGGGCUGAUGUUCUGGACAGACUGGGGAGAUUCCAGAGCCGGCAUUUACCGCAGCGACAUGGAUGGAUCCUCAGCUGGGUGCAUCGUUUCGGAGGGCGUGCGGUGGCCAAAUGGUAUCUCUGUGGAUGACCACUGGAUCUACUGGACUGAAGCCUAUAUGGACAGGAUUGAGAGGGUGGAUUUCAAUGGGAUGCAGAGGUCUGUGAUCCUGGACAGCCUCCCUCACCCUUAUGCUAUUGCUGUGUUUAAGAAUGAAAUCUACUGGAACGACUGGUCACAGCUGAGUAUUUUCAGAGCAUCCAAAAACAGUGGCUCAAGAAUGGAGAUCUUAGUGGGUCGACUGAAUGGGAUCAUGGAUAUGAAAAUCUUUUACAGAGGAAAGACAACAGGGGAGAACGCCUGCAUCACCAAGCCCUGCAGCCUGCUCUGCCUGCCCAAGUCAAACAAUGGCAGGAGCUGCAAGUGCCCCGAGGGGGUGUCCAGCACCGUGCUGCCCACAGGGGAGGUCAAGUGCGACUGUCCUCGUGGCUACGUCAUGAAGAACAACACUUGCAUAAAGGAAGAGAACACGUGUCUGCCGAAUCAGUACAGAUGCUUCAAUGGGAACUGCAUCAACAGCAUUUGGCAGUGUGACAACGAUAAUGACUGUGGGGACAUGAGCGAUGAGAAGAACUGCCCCACCACUGUGUGCGAUGCUGAGACCCAGUUCCGCUGCCAGGGCUCAGGGACCUGCAUCCCACUGUCCUACAAAUGUGACCUGGAGGACGACUGUGGGGACAACAGUGAUGAAAGUCACUGUGAGACCCAUCAGUGUAAAAAUGAUGAAUUCAGCUGCAGCUCAGGGAUGUGCAUUCGUCUCUCCUGGAUGUGUGAUGGUGAUAAUGAUUGCAGGGACUGGUCUGAUGAAGCAAACUGCACUGCAGUAUAUCACACGUGCGAGGCCUCCAGCUUCCAGUGCCACAACGGACACUGCAUCCCGCAGCGCUGGGCAUGUGAUGGUGAUGCUGACUGCCAGGAUGGCUCCGAUGAGGACCCUGCCAACUGCGAAAAGAAGUGCAAUGGCUUCCAGUGCCCCAACGGCACUUGCAUCCCAACCAGCAAACACUGUGAUGGCAUCAAUGACUGCUCCGAUGCCUCGGAUGAGCAGCACUGUGAACCCCUGUGCACCCGCUACAUGGAUUUCGUGUGCAAGAACCGGCAGCAGUGCUUGUUCCAUUCCAUGGUGUGUGAUGGCAUCAUCCAGUGUCGAGAUGGAUCAGAUGAAGAUGCCAACUAUGCUGGCUGCUCCCAGGACCCUGAGUUCCACCGGACGUGCGACCAGUUCAGCUUCCAGUGCCAGAAUGGCGUGUGCAUCAGCCUGGUGUGGAAGUGCGAUGGGAUGGAUGACUGUGGUGAUUACUCUGAUGAAGCAAACUGUGAAAACCCAACAGAGGCCCCGAACUGCUCCCGGUACUACCAGUUCCAGUGUGGCAAUGGGCACUGCAUCCCCAACCGAUGGAAGUGUGAUGAGGAGAAUGACUGCGGGGACUGGUCCGAUGAGAAGGACUGUGAGGGUUCUCCAGUUCAUCCUAUCACUACAUCCAUCCCACCGACGUGCUUACCGAACCACUUCCGUUGCAACAGCGGUGCCUGCAUCAUGAACAGUUGGGUCUGUGAUGGCUACAAGGAUUGCACUGAUGGCUCAGAUGAGGAAGCUUGUCCUACCUCCCGACCCAACGUGACGGCCACAUCCCCGGCGCUGCAGGGACACUGCAGCCGGUUCGAGUUCGAGUGCCAGCAGCUGCACAAGUGCAUUCCCAACUGGAAGCGGUGCGAUGGUGUGCGGGACUGCCAGGAUGGCACGGACGAGAGGAACUGCCCUACUCAGAGCACCGUGUCAUGCCCUAAUGGUUAUAAAUGUGAGGAUGGAGAGACCUGCAUUAUGUUGACAGAGCGGUGUGAUGGAUUCCUGGACUGCUCAGACAGCAGUGAUGAGAAGAACUGUACUGAUGACACAAUCGUGUACAAAGUCCAGAACCUCCAAUGGACAGCUGAUUUCUCUGGAGACAUCACUCUGACCUGGGCUCGGCCAAAAAGAAUGUCCUCGACCUCCUGUGUCUACAACAUCUAUUACAGGACAGUUGGUGAAAGCAUCUGGAAGAUCUUGGAAACCCACAGCAACAAAACCAACAGUGUUUUGAAAGUCCUCAAGCCUGACUGUACCUACCAGGUGAAAGUCCAAGUGCAGUGUCUUAGCCGAGUCUACAACACCAAUGACUUCAUCACCCUCCGGGCACCAGAAGGAUUACCAGAUGCUCCCUUUAACCUUCAGCUGUCCCUGAAUAAAGAAGCUGAGGGUGUGGUGAUGAGCUGCUGGAGUCCUCCUGUGAAUGCCCACGGCCUCAUACGGGAAUUCAUUGUGGAAUACAGCAGGAGUGGAUCCAAGGAGUGGUCAUCUCUUAGAACCACGAAGAACUACACUGAGAUCAAGAACUUACAGGUCAACACAUUGUACACAGUCAGAGUUGCUGCAGUAACUAGUCGAGGAGUGGGAAACUGGAGUGAUUCUAAAUCCAUAACCACCAUAAAAGGCAAAGUCAUUCCUCCUCCUGUCAUACACAUUGAGAGUUACAGUGAAGACUCCAUAAGCUUCAGCCUAAAAAUGACUACUAAUAUCAAGGUCAGCGGUUACGUUGUGAACAUCUACUGGACAUUUGAUACACACAGACAGGAAAAAAGGACUCUGAUCAUAGAAGGAGAAAAGUCCAUCCAAAAAGUGGCAAAUUUGACAGCACAUACCCCCUAUGAAAUUUCUGCUUGGGCUAAGACGGAGCUGGGUGACAGCCCUCUGUCUUUUGUACAUGUCGUGACCAGUGGGACAAGACCUGCAUCACCAAGUCUCAAGGCCAAGGCCAUCAAUCAGACUGCGGUGGAGUGCAGCUGGACUGGACCGAAGAAUGUUGUUUAUGGCAUCUUCUAUGCUACAUCUUUCCUAGAGCUGUACAGGAGCCCUCACAACAGCACCACGACCUCCCACAACAUCACUGUGCUCGUGCAGCGAGACGAGCAGUACCUGUUUCUGGUCCGUGUGAUGUCUCCUUACCAAGGGCCACCUUCUGACUACGUUGUGGUGAAAAUGAUCCCUGACAACCGGCUUCCCCCUCGACACCUCCACUCAGUGCACACUGGAAAGACAUUUGCGGUCAUUAAGUGGGAAUCUCCCUAUGAUUCACCCGACCAGGACAUGUUAUAUGCUGUGGCAGUUAAAGACUUAGUAAGAAAAACAGAUAAAAUCUACAAAGUGAAAACCCGGAACAGUACAGUGGAGUACACCAUUAAGAAACUUGAACCGGGAGGCAAAUACCAUGUGAUUGUUCAACUGGGAAACAUGAGCAAGGAAUCCAGCAUGAAGAUCAACACAGUUCCACUGUCUGCACCUGAUGCCUUAAAAAUUAUAACAGAAAAGGACCAUAUUUUGCUCUUUUGGAAGAGUUUGGCAUUAAAGGAAAGUAAUUUCAAUGAAAGCCGGGGUUACGAGGUUCACAUGUUUGACAGCCUGAUGAACAUCACAGCUUAUCUUGGGAACACCACGGAAAACUUCUUCAAAGUUUCCAACCUGAAGAUAGGUCAUAACUAUUCCUUCACCGUUCAGGCCAGGUGCCUGUACAGUGGGCAGAUGUGUGGUGAACCAGCCACGCUUCUCUAUGAUGAACUAGGAACCGGUGAGGACUCCUCUGCAGCAAAAGCCGGUAGACCCACAGAUGUGGCUGCCAUCGUGGUACCGGUGCUGUUCCUGCUGCUGGUGACCCUCGGGAUUGGCUUCGUGGUGCUGUACAUGAGGCACAGACGGCUGCAGAACAGCUUCACUGCCUUUGCAAACAGCCACUACAGCUCCCGCCUGGGCUCGGCCAUAUUCUCCUCGGGAGAUGAUUUAGGAGAUGAGGAUGACGAAGCCCCAAUGAUAACUGGAUUUUCAGAUGAUGUCCCCAUGGUCAUCGCAUGAAGCGCGUUUCUGACUGUAAAAACCAAAUGGUGUAAAUAUUUGAUAAAAAUAGUUGAUGGUUUAUUUUAAAAAUGCACUUUGAGUUGCAAUAUGUUAUUUUUAUAUGGGCCAAAAAAGAAAAGAAACUUAAAAAUACACUUUAUAGUAAUCAACUGUGAAUUGCAGACUAGGUCAAUUGAGUAACAAAUUGCUUUGAUUUAACAUUAAUUUAGUCUUACAAGGCUAUGCUUGCUGGGCAUGCUUUUAAGUCUGUGAGAUAUUUUCCGUUGACUAAAUUGGCUACUCGUUUUAUUUUUCUAAGACAAGAAUAAAUUUAUUUAAACAUAAAAUUCAGGAGAUUAUAUAUGUAGACAGAGAGCAGUGAUAUAGUCCCUGAAGGUUCUGCUUUUACUUUACAAAAACCCUUUGGACUUUGUUUUAUAUGGAAGUAUUUUUUGUUGUGUUAAUUUAUUGGGAAAUCUGCCUGAGAACAGAUUUCCAAAGUCAUCAGACAUUGUACACAUUAUUGUGUAGAGUAUGUGCCACUUUAUCUCGCAAGGCAGUUGUAUCCUGGCACCCCCAUCAUUGCUCUUGCAUUGAGAGUAAAAACCCUUAUUUUUACAUAGACCUAAUCUUUCAGCAACCUCAGAGCCCAAGUCAAGAUUCUGCAGCUCAUUCUUUGUGUAUGAGCUUAGUUUCUUGCUGCCAUAUCUAUAAGCCAAAAGCAUCCCUACCAACCACUGCCCAUCGCACAUGGCCUGAUUCAUCUAUACUUUACAUCAGUAAUGUCACUGAGAAAGAUUUGCCACGACCUGAAGUUAAACCACACUUCCCAGGUAAUCAGGACACUUCUCCUCUGUGGAGCUUCUCCAAGAUGUUAAUAUGUUGGUGGGACAGAAGGGGGAGCCUCUACUGUACACAACUAGGAAGCAGCUUGGCAUACACGUUUUCCACAGUCACACAGAGCAGCCAAUACUAAACAUCUCAAUCCGUUUGGUUUAGAGCAGGGAUUCGGUCUUCCUCCAUUAGCAUUUCCUAAAAGCAGCUGUGGUUAUACCUUCAAGUAACUUGCAAAUAGCAUACAGAUGCAUAUGUAUUAUUUUCCCAUCGCUAGUCAUCUCACGUUUCCAGUAGACAUAAUACUGGCUACAGAGCUAAGCAGUAGAACUAUCUGGUUACCACCGUCGAGCUUUUCUUUGUGAUAGCAAAAUGUGAACCUCCCCACAAACCCAACUAUUGCCAAUCCAAGAGCAUCGACACAAGUGGAUGUUCCCAGGUGACACCUGUCCGUGCUCUAUAUAUGCAAAGCUUCACACCCAUGAAAUACAGCACACUGUCUUGUCACACUGUUUUCUUUGUUGAAACCCAAAGUAUUUUUGCUGUGUAGAUGAAGUUAUAAUUGCAGUCUUCCUACAGAUGAAAUGAGAGAGGCCACCUAUGUUUUGAUAUGCGACUGAUCCAUUUAAUUUCACAUACAGAAGAUGUAUAAGAAGUCAAAGUUCUGUACGGUUUGAUACUCUAUAGAAAUACUAACUCUAUUUUCAAUUACUCAUAGUACCAUUCCCAGUGACAGGGUUUUUUCCCCCCAAAGCUGGGACCAAACUAUAAUGGACUUUUAUAAGUAACAGCAAGCUUGCAGAGUUACAGUAUUUUUACCUUGUUAGUGGGUCAGGUGCUGAGUAAAUCAACCCAGCAUGUAUAGCUCAAUGUGCCUGGGAUUACAGCUAAAGCAGCCAGAAUCUGACCCAGACAUUAAAUGAUUCUAAAGAUGUAAACCAGAUUUUAUGCAGGGGAAAAAAAAAGCCUGAAAGCAAAGCUAGAGUACUGAACCCCUUCCUUACAAAGCAAAUGCAUCUGGCACAGGUAACUGUAACUACAGUAUAGUAUCCCAGAAGCUGGUAGGUCUCUGGUGAGAAUUACUACUGGUUAACUACUGCUCCUUUACUCCCCCAGGGUAAAUCCUACUCCAGUAAGGGGAGCAGAAUUUAGCACAUCUCUAUCUGGCAGACAGAUGCCAAGGGGAACCCUUGUAACCACUUUGUAUUCCACAGAAAUCCCAUUGCUGGAUGCUUUCAAGCAUCAGCUGGGGGACAGAUCACUUCUGGCCACUCUGAAAGGCUUCUUUGUACCCGUGGUUCAGCAACACUCGUACAGAGCUCAGCAGAGCAUUUUGAUGUAAUACUCAAAAGCAAGAUCUGUGCCUCACUUUCCUGUGUUACACAGGGGUUUGGGGGUACUGCAGCAGCCAGGCAUUGUGUCAAGCCACAUUCACCUUACGUAGGCAGUACUGUAAUGCAGAGGUAUUCCCUACCCUUCAGUGCAAAAAUCACCGCUGUGCUCUCAGCAAAGCAACUUCACAGGGCUAGUGUGUUUUAUAUAUAUAUAUAUAUAGCUAGAGAAGUCUGAGCCCCAGGUAGGGAAUGAGCUGGAUUGAUGCAGUUCUGGGUAAAUUUAUUUUUAUGAACUUUUGAAGCACGGAAUCUUGUUCACAGAGACAAUAUAGGGGGUGGGAGGGUGCUGGUGUAAAUACCCUAAUGUGGAUGCACAUUUUGUUCUGGUUUUGUUUCAGUAGCCUUAUGCAGUGACAUAAUGUGUUAGCCUAACUUUUGGGAAGUGAUUUGGGUUUACCUCAUAGGAACCCAGUGAAAUGCUUGGAUCCAUAAGGGAAAAAACAAAGGAGUAUGGGAAGUACCCUGGUUAGGAGGAACUUGUUCCAGUUAGUUUGUGUUUGCAUCCAUUUCACUGCAGCUGCCUGCUGGUACUCUGAAGUCCAUUUGAACUAAAGACUAAGGUUGAACACUAGAAUGUGGUGGGGUAUUGGCCUGUGAGAUGUAUUUUGCUUUGGAAAAGGUUUUGUACACAUUUUUUGGGAGUGAAGGUUUUGGUUUUUACAAGGAAGUCAAGGAGGUGCCAUUGUCUAUGCUGAACACUUAUUCAAGGUCAAAAAAGCCAAUAAACGUGAUUUAUCAGCCUCAAUAAAUCACAUCCCUCCUUUGUCAUCUGCCUCCUCCUAUGUAAAAUGGCCCCAGCUGCAGCAGCGCAUCCAUGGAGCACCCACUCCAGGCACACAGAGGGGCAGCCCCUCUGCUGCUCAGCCAUCAGCCUGUAUCCUUGGAGGAUUCCAGAGAGGGGUGAAGCCUGUCUGGUUGACUACAGGUCAAUCUGCAGUUCACACCUUGGCUAACCCUGCCAUAACUUGCUCCAUGUGCUCCUACCUUGACACAGGCACCAGUGGGAGAUCGCUUCAGUCCAAGAAAAAACACUAUUUUCCUUGGACAAAGAUGAAGAAUAUAGAUUAAUAUACAUAUAGAUGUAUAGGAGUGCAUACCCAGCCAGAAAGGGGAGGAGGAAGCCUAUGAGUGUGAGGGAGCAAUGCAGGCUACUGCCAUCCACACCAUCAUCUUUUGGCUUUGUGACCAAAGCACCUUGGUGGUCCCAAAAUGGCAUUGCUUCCUGCUGGUUUCUAGAGACUCUGGAGAAGGGACUGGAAGGCUCUGCCAUUCCUAGAGUCACCAAAAGCAGCCCCAAACUCACAUUAGCCACCAAGGGAACCUCCCCUGAGCCAGGGACUCUGACCAAGCAGCACACCAUUGGGAUCUACGUGCUUGAAAUCUCUUUGUACGAGUAGUAUUUAAUGACAAGCUUCAAUAAUUUGCUGGUGGAAAAGCAAAAGUGUGGUCGGGAAAGGGCAAAAUAACAUUUUCCCAAACAACUUUCAAGUCUACUUCAAAUGGACUUCAGAAGGGAAAUGGUGCAAUUGACUUAGUUACUCUUGGAUCCAGAGAGCAUCUUCAUUAUUGGAAGUAGCUGUAACAUCUAUAAUUAAUCCUUCAAAACAUGCAGCACUCUACAAGCAGGCAGUCUUUAAUGAGUUUUUUAGAGGUAUUGUCGACUUCUAAUCUGGUUCCUUAAGUGAUGUUUAAUGCUAUGCCAUUUAAACUGCUUCUGUGUCUCUUUUCCUUUCUCCAUUCAUUGAUUUCUGCUGUGUGUUAUUGCACAAUUUUGAAGGAAUUUUUGUCUGUCAAGGGUUUUUUUCCCCCCCACUUAAUGAUAAUAAUAAAAAUGGACUGGGUAAACAAAACUG